CACAACGUAGGUAGUCUAUUUUUAUCAUACGGGAAGUAAAUUGGUUGUUUUCUGUGCUUCUUGUUACCAAGAAAUGUAUUUCUGAAUAAUGACAAGCAGAGAAUAAUGAAAAUUUUAGCGACUGAGUUAAUCUUUUAAGUGUUGAUGGGUUCACAAAAUAGCAAACUAUCCCCUGAAGACAACACGAAUAAUGUCCAGGGCCAGGGAUACAAACGCCUCAACGAUUCUGUAAGAUCCAAUGGAAUUAAUUCAAGCAAUAAUUCCUGUUCCACCCAGUCACAUAAGGAUACUGGGAAUAAAAUCGAAUCCUACACAAAUCAAAAUCGUAUAGCUAGUCCAAGUGGCAUUUCGUGUCACGAAUUAUCUCCAAAUCAAUCACAUAAAGAAGAUAGUGGUAAGAGGGAAAAGCCUCCUAAAGAUUGUGAGAUUGAAAGAACGGAGAAUCAAUCGUCAAGUGAUGUGCCAAGUACUCUGGAAAAUGACCGUGAACCUCAAAACAACGGAAUAGAAACAACCAACGAUGGAAUUGAGUCUCCAAGGAAUGAUGUAUCUACAGCGUCAGUGGACCAAAAUGGUUCACUAACUCGACAUGCCAAUAUGCAUACAGAAGACAACAGUCAUGAAAAAGACGAUACAGUUACAGAUACAUAUAGAAAGAAGCAAAAUCCAUCGAAGAAAAAGAAGAAGAAGAAAGGAACAGCAGAAAGACUAAACAGCAAAAGAAGGCCAACAUCUGCAGACUUGCUCAACCGUUCUGAGAAGGAAGACGAGUCCAUGGAAAAUGAGGACAAGAACAACAUAAGAAUGGUGAGUCCAGCACCAAACGAGUCACAUCCUUCGGCAGUUACAACAGAAGAGGUUGCCAAUGACAGUGAAAGAACAUCAUCUUCAAGAGACAAUGGCAGUUUUCCUGACAAACCUUUCAACAUAGAAAAGAUUACACAAGAGAAAAACAAUGAACGCGAAGGGAACAGUAUGACUAGACAGGAUAGACCAUCAUCUGCUGUUUUAUUCUUGGCAUCAAGUUUGCGGACAAAGCAGGAUGAAGAUGACAUAAUUAGACAGGAGCCAGACAUGAAAAUUCAAGCCAUGACAAAAGAAGCUGAAAGACUGGCGAUUAUUUGUAAAAAUCAGCAUUUAAAUCAUAGAAAUUUAACCACGGAUAAUUCGCUUUGUCCACCUGCAUUCUUGCAAAGCAUGUCACACAUUGAAAAUUGUUUAGAUGAUCUCAGGAGACAAAUAGAGAAAAUGGCACUUGAAAAGAAUGGCUAUUUGAAUAGGUUAAGCAGUGUGGCUGGUUCAAUGCUCACAGAAAACAACCCAAAUAUAACAGACCUAAAUGAUCCAAAUCGAGCAACGAAGUUAGCGGAAAAGUGGUGCAAGAUUUACGAUGAUGAGUGGACAGAUGCCUUGGAAGCGUUGGAAAAGCAGUAUUUGAAGAAAAAACGUGAUAAACAUGAACAAUUUGUUUAUCAUUUGUUUAGUCUAAUUAAGGUUAUAUAUAAAACCUGUCGAAAGAAAGCUAAAGAACAAGUUGGUAUUUUUUUACUUUUAACCAAUCCAUCUAGUACACAGGUAAAUGACUUGUGGUCACAAAUUCCAGCGACAGAACGGCAAAAUUUUACUGACAGCAGGAAAAGGAUGGCAGAGGCAAAUAUUAAGAUUCUCACAGAGACUGUAGUAAAGGAUGACAUAUACAAGAAGAAACUAAAAGAUUUAAGUCCAGGUCUUAAUGGGGACAUACUUUGUAUCUUGCAAAAAAGUUCAUAUUUUGAGACAUGUUUGAAAAUAUGUUGGCAAUUUGUGAUUCAGGAUCCGCCACUAUACCUGGACGUAUCGCCUUUAGAAGGAGAAAAAUUAAAUAAAGACACUCAUAAAGAAUAUACAAAGUCAGGAACUGUAAUCGAAUACGUAGUUUGGCCUGCUCUUUAUCUGUGUCGCAAAAACAAAGAGAAUGGACCUUUAUUGGCUAAAGGAGUUGUACAACCUGAAAGUCCACAUCACAGUUAGACAGAAGAAAAAAAACCAAAUGCACUUAGCAUUAAAAAAUCAAUUGAUUAUUUAAAAUAUAGAUCCAUAAAACGUUGGAGAUCAUUUAAACUUAGAACGGGCCUCACCAGAACCUCAAAUUUGCCUUCAGGAUUACUUAGUUUCAGUUCUAUAAUUAUGGAAUCAAUUAUUUUCGUGGAUACCAAUAUUUGUGGAUUGAGAAAAAUUUAUUAUUCAUUGAUGUAUGAUUUCCUGGUUUUGCCAAAGUCUGCAUACAAACCUUUAGAAAACUUAUACUUUGUUGAACAUGUAAACCCUUGUGUGGUUAACCUAUACAUACGAAAUACAAGAAAAUUGGUACCUCACGAAUAAAAAUUAAUUCACAGUA